CAUCGAGAGCAAUGGCGGCGGAAGCGGCGGAGGAGAUGGGGGCGGGAGCGGGAGCGGCGGUGGGAGAGAAGGGACCGGCGACCGCGGACAGGGCGAUGGGGAAGACGGGUAGGACGGAGGAGGAGAAAGGGGACGCGGCCACGGACAAGGGGAAGGGGUCAACGGCGGAGAAGGAAGAGAAGGGAGCGACGGCCGGGAAUGAGGAAGAGGGGGAGGAGGAGGAGAGAGCCAAGGCGGAGCAAAAGGGAGAAAAUCGACCGGCAUCGGCAAAGAGGGGGCACAAGAAGAAGGCCGAAGCAGGGGAGAUGGAAGGGAUGUUCACAUGGUUCUCUGAAAUUGCAUUAUCUGAGAAUGGGGCGGCGGCGGCGGAGAGGGAAAGAAGGGAGCGACAACGUUUUAGCAGAACGAAGGGACAACGGCCGGAGGAGAAGGGAGCGAUGGAAGAGGUGGCCGGCAAAAAAGAGAUCUUUUUCUUCAUGGCCAGUGCUGUCAUCACCUUGGAGAGCUCGGAUGGGAUGCUGUUCACGGUGUCGGAGGAGGCGGCACGGCUGUCCGUGCCCCUCGCCGACAUGAUCGACCAGGGCUGCGCCGGAGGCAUCAUCCAGCUACCCAACGUGGACGCCAGGGCCCUCGACACGGUGAUCGAAUACUGCAACAAGCACGCCGACGCCGCCUCUGCCAACAGCCGCGUCGAUGAGGGCAGCAGCAGCUGCAACUCCGAGGCAUCCGAGGAGGCGCUGAUGGAGUGGGACCGCAAGCUCGUCGACGGCCUCAGCCAGGACGCCCUCUGCGACGUCAUCAUCGCCGCUAAGUUCCUCCACAUCAAGGGGCUCCUCGACGCUGCCUGCCAGAAGGUCGCCGUCGUGGACAUGGUCAAUUGCAAGACCCCCGAGCAGAUGCACCAGAUAGAGGAGGAAGACAUGUGCAAAUGGUUCUCUGGACUUACUCCCUUUUCUGAGAAGGGGACGGCGGCAGCGGAGGGGGCAAGAAGGGGGAGAACCGUUGGUCAACGGCCGGAGGAGAAGGGAGCGAUGGCAGAGGAGACAGAGCAGGUUGCUGGCGAAAACGACACAUUUUUCUUCAGGGCCAGCGGAAAAAUCAUCACCUUAAAGAGCUCGGAUGGGAUGCUGUUCAAGGUGUCGGAGGCUGCAGCCCGGCUGUCCGUGCUCCUCGCCGACAUGAUCGACCAGGGCUGCGCCAAAGGCAUCAUCCAGCUACCCAAUGUGGACGCCAGGGCCCUCGCCACGGUGAUCGAAUACUGCAAUGAGCACGCCGCCACCGCCGCCACCGCCAAUCCUGACGCCAACCACGGCGUCGCUGAGGGCAGCAGCAGCAGCAACUCCGAGGCAUCCGGUGAGGCGCUGAAGGAGUGGGACCGCAAGCUUGUCGACGGCCUCAGCCAGGACGCCCUCUACGACCUCAUCAUGGCCGUCAACUUCCUCCACAUCAAGGGACUCCUCGACGCUGCCUGCCAGAAGGUCGCCGGCAUGAUCAAGGGCAAGAGCGUGGAGCAGACGCGCAAGAUGUUCGGCAUUGCCACCGACUUCACCGAGGAGGAGGAGGAGGAACUGCGUAAAGAGAGUCCAUGGGCCUUCGAAGAGUAGGAGUCCCUUCGUUCGAAGCCAUUUCUGCGGUAACAUCUCACUGUCUGUAUCUGGUGGCUUAGUGGUUCUGUUCUGCC